UCUUUGGCCUGGUACAUGUACAUUCGUAUGCAUAUGGUUAUACAUGUACAUGUGCUGUACACAAAUGCAUGUACAGAAGGAACAAUCAUAACAUGUACCGCUUGUACAGACCAUGGAGUGUAUACAGACGAACGCGUACAGUAUAGCACACACUAUUACAAGGUAGAAUGAGAGUCGAAGUUCACCGUCACUGUGCACCAGUUGAAGUAACAUGCAUCACUUUAUAACGACAACCAGCACUUCCGCACAUAUUCACUGCACGCUGCAUUUCAGCAGCACUCAAACUGUGGAUCUACUCAGUAAGCUACCCAACAGUUUGCUACAUGUAGCAAAAUUUGUCUGAAUCUCCGUACACACGUACGUGUAUUAAUGGCCUUCGGCACGGGCAGCCAUUGCGCGGAAGAAUAACCUACGUGUUCAAGAACGUCAGGACGUGAAAUGUAUAUUCAUCGAGUGACUGACCUUUGUGAGCGUUACCUAUGCGAGCGUUGAUGUGUGGAAUGUAUGAUGACGCCAUGUGAAUUAUUUCAGCGUCGUCUUGCAAGCGCACCCACGCUGAGGGGUUGGGCUUCAGGAAAAGAAUCACGACCUAUGGCCAAUGAAAGCAAGCCACACCAGUUAGUGGGUGUAACUCCCAAUUGUUCCCAGUACAUUUUUCUGGAGAUCGGCACGAAUGUCAAUGAAAAACGACCGCGAACGAAUGAUUGUUUUGGCAGGGUUGGAAUGUAGUGCGGCAAAGGUUCUGCGUAAGGAUAUUUUGGGAGGAGGAUAGAACCGCCAGACACGACGUGAUCAUGCAUGCUGCGUGUACUGUACACUGCACAUAAAAGCAAAGGUUGUCCCUCUGACUUCCUCUCUCCAAAUAUUACCAUUCAUCAUGGAGGCCGGAUUCUCAUUUUUAGCAGUCGUAACAUAGCGAGACGUCUACCAACCAACUGAGGAAAGACGACUUCUUGUUGAUUUUACCAUUUUUAACACGUGUCAGUGGUUUACAGCAGCUGAACUGCUCUACUAAGCUGACUUCUUAGUCUUACAUGUAGGCCUACACAACUUGCUUUUCGAGACCGAAGGAUCAGAAACCAUGGUGGUCUACCAGGGGUUGAGUAGAGCCCAGCUCAGCUUCGACUAUCUGCACACAAACUCAACAACCCACGAGUUUCUCUUUGGAGCUUUGGCGGAGCUGCUUGACAAUGCCAGGGACGCAAGGGCAAGGCGAAUGGAUGUGUUCACCGACAAAAACGAAACACUCCGUGGGGGAUACAUGCUGUGCUUCUUGGACGAUGGCAGUGGAAUGGAUCCAGCUGAGGUUGGUACCGUCAUCCAGUUUGGGAAGUCAACAAAGAGAGUUAUGGAUUCUAAUAUGAUUGGACAAUAUGGGAAUGGUUUGAAAUCAGGUGCAAUGCGAAUUGGAAAAGACUUCAUACUCUUCACCAAACAGGGUGCAACAAUGAGCUGUCUAUUCUUGUCCCGCACAUUCCAUGAAGAAGAAAAGAUCGAGGAAGUCAUUGUGCCCAUGCCAUCAUUCGAGAAGAAUACAAGGCACCCAUUCGGACAGAGUUCAGAGGAGAAGCAAAGGCACAAGAUUGAAAUGGAUUUGAUUUACAAGUACUCGCCAUUUAAAACUGAAGAGGACUUCUUUGCCCAGUUUGAUCGCAUAGAUGGUGACUCUGGAACCCUAGUAAUAAUUUAUCACAUGAAGCUGAUGGAUAACGGAGAAACGGAGUUGGAUGUAACUACUGAUGCCAGCGAUAUUCUGUUGGCGGGAGCCGUGUCUGCUGCGGGAGUGCCGGACGAUAGUCUGGUGCCAGAAAGGCAAUCCUUUCGAGCCUAUACUUCCAUCCUUUAUGCUGAACCCAAAAUGAAAAUCUACAUCCAAGGUCACAAGGUACACACCAGACGGCUUGCCUACACACUGUACAAACCAAAGCUAUACAAGUACACGUCUACACGAUUUAAAACGAGGUCAGAAAUGAAGGCUACAGAGGCAGUCCAUCAAGCUAAAGUUGCCAAUGAAAAAGCCAGAGAAGCUGAGAGUAAAGCUCGGGAUCUGGAGAAGAAGCAUGGACAGGGAGGACCAAAGGACAAAAGGGCCAUGACGAGACAGGCGCAAACAGUGGCCUUUGAACUCAGACAACUUGCCAAUAUUCGGAAAAAGAUCGCAGAGAAGCAACAGAAAUCAUUGAAAGAACCAAAGACAAUCAACUUCCAUUUUGGCAUCAACCUUAGCAAUCGAAGAUACGACGGUGUAUUCAUCUACAAUUGUGGAAGAUUGAUCAAAAUGUAUGAAAGAGUUGGACCUCAAGUCGAUGGUGGAGUGCAAUGCAGUGGAGUUGUUGGUUUUGUUGAUGUGCCAUACCUAGUGCUAGAACCUACACACAACAAGCAAGACUUUGCUGAUGCCAAAGAGUAUAGGCAUUUACUGAAGGCAAUGGGAGAGCAUAUGGUCCAGUAUUGGAAGGAUAUUAACGUCGCUUCACUAGGUGUGACUAAGUUUUGGGAAAACUUUGGAUAUGUCAGUCAAAAUUGGAAGGACCCACCAUCAGAAGAUCCAAAAUUUGUCCGGAAGAGAGCAAUGCAGACAUCAGUUUUGGUUCAGUGUGAUGCUUGUUUGAAGUGGAGGAUCAUACCGUUUUCCAGCAGUAACAUCAACCGCGUAUUCCCUGAUGAUUGGCAGUGCAGUAUGAAUCCGGACAGCACACACAACAGGUGCUCAAGUGCAGAACAAAAGGUUCCCAUUGCAUCAGGUGUGUUCAAGAAGGAAGUCAAGUCAGCUGAAGAGCAGAAGAAAGAGCUUCUGGAGGACAUUAAGAAGAAACAGGAGAAGCUUGGGAAAAUUGAGAGAGAUGUGAAAUGCUCAUCCUGGUCGCACUUAAGCGAUGAUGAGGACUUUGAAGGAACUCACAAACACAGAGAAAGAAGAACUUCACUCCCGUCAUCGACACCUCCAAAGCCCAUCGGUAAAGCCUCACCUGUCCAAAGUUACAAGGAAAAGCCUACAUCCAGACCAGUUGGCAAAGCUGCCCCUGUGGUAAAUCAACAGCAAAGCAGACGACCAUCUACACAAACAACAGCCAGCAGUAAGCCAGCUAGUGCCACAGUCAGCAAAUACUCUUCACCGGUAGCUAAGCAUGACAGCAGGAAAAUUGCUGCAAUCAUGGAGAGGAAAACAGCCUCCAGACCACAGAAACAGUCUCCUGCACCACCAGUUCCUGUUGCCAAGAAAGUUUACGCAACCAAAAGGCAAAGCACAAAUAGCAUCACCCCUGCGUCUAACACAAGGAAUGAAGAGAAACCACCUGAACCAGCCAAAAAGCGGAGGCUAACUGAACGUUCUCAAAUCUCAACGGACGAAGAGAUGGAUGUCAGCAAGGAAGAAGACAGCUCAGAUUCAACCAGUUUGGGCAGCGAUACGCAGCUGGAGAUUGAAAGUGUUGGUAAACGAGUUGAAGCCCGUGUGGAUAACAAGUGGUACAGCGGCAAAGUUGUCAAGGUCUUUCUGAAACAAGAUGGUGCUGUGAGGUGGAAGAUCAAGUUUGAUCAGCAUCCAAAGGACAAAUAUGAUAAAAGUUACGACAAGAACAGUGAGGAUAUCAGGGAGAUCCAAGACCCUCCUGCCCUAGCUGAAGACAACCAGCCAGAACCGCUGGAGGUGGCCCCAGUGGAUAUACCUCCCGAGCCUGAAGCCACCCCCUCCCCCCUUCACGAACCUGCCGUCCAGAAGGUGACACCCACUGCAGCGGCCCCGCCCACAGCUGCUAUGUCGCCACAGGCCGUGGCCCCACCGAACACCCCCAAGACAACGACAACCACCACACCCAAGGCGACCGUGCCACCCAGCAUGGCUGCAGUCGCACCCAGUGCUGACACUGACGAAGUGGAGGAAAGUGUGAUGAAGGAAGAGAGACUUGCUCAGGGCUUCAGGAAAUGCCUGCGUUACUUCUUGCCGCCACUUUGGCCAAUGAACAAAGAGAUGAUCAAUAACCUUAGCAUGGAGGAGCUUAGCGAUUUUCCACUGGACGACUUCUUUGAUCAGUAUGAAAAGGGACUCAGAAAUCUUGUUGGAGGUUUCCAGGCAGAGGCAGCUGAAAAGGCCAGAGAGACGGAAGCUACCAAAAUCAAACUUGGAGAAUUGAGGAAGCUAAUUGCGCAAUUGCUCAGAUCAAUCAAUGAUGAGAUAGUGGUAAGUGAUACUGCUGGGGAGGAGGUUGACGUCAUGCUUGCAGCAUGUGUCAAGCAGGCCAUGCAAGACGAGUAAUCCUCUCCAAAUUGGGAGCAGGUGGUGAAAUAUUGAUUGCUGUUGUGCUGUGAAGUUGCCAACUGCGAUAUGGAAAUCCAAGACUUCAGGGUCACUGUUUCAGUGGAUGUAACUUCACUUCAGUACAGACGCGUGUAAAGCAAAUAACCCAUGCUUGCCCUUUGAAGUGCCAGCAAAGGAUAAAGAAGUUGAGACAAAGUAAUGUUCCUGCUGCAUGGUGAUCACCAGGUUGCAUAUUAACUGUAAAUGCUAUGGAACGUCAGGGUGUGAGUUUGUUCACCUAGGAGGGGCAAACCUUUGGGCAAGUUCCCUAGGUCACAUCCAGAGCACCACGUAAGAGUCAACUCAUGACAUUCUCUAUCUGUUAAGGUGUGGUAUUACUGUGCUGCUUUUGAGCAUCCUGUUUGCCAAAGUGGUGUGUUGGCUGUUGGUGUUGGCCAGACAUUGUUGCAAUCAUGUUUCCCUCUCAUUCGACGUUUCUAUUUUGGGUGGGAAAUCGUGUCCAAAUGUUUUUUUGCAGAGAGAUGUUCUUUGCUUGUCUGUGAGGUUUUGUCAGAUUCGUCUUCUUGCUUGAGGAAAUAUUUUAUUUUGUUAAAGCUGGUUUUUUACAUUCUUGCUGAUAAAACUAUUUGCCCACCACCAAGGCAAAAUGUUCACUUAUGUUGGCAGUUCUUGCUGUACAACAUUGUUAUUUUUACAUUGUGACUUGUGUAUUUCUUCAGUGGAAACAUGCAAUUCACAAACUUCUUCCAAAGUUUGCGAAACUAUCGAGCGUUUUGCGAGCCAGUGAAGUGGUAUCCAAGACGGUGUUAGAUGCGACCAAAGUUUGUGGAUAACAAAUGUGAAGCAGUUCUCUGACGACUGAAACUCUCGUUUCAAUCAGCUGGAAUGGAAUGUUUGGAAAGAAUUUAAGGUUUCUUGACAAACUGUUCGAAAGGAAUUCCAAUCACAGCUGCAUUCACAUAUCCCAAGAUUACUAAUUUCAAGGAACCUAAUUACUUUAUCUGCACCUAUGCCGGAAAAGAAAUCCUACAGACUAGAAUCAUGUCUACACAAUUGUUGAGCAAAAACAGCUGUUAUGAAGGAUAUCUGUUUGUUGUCGUUCCUCGUUGAGAUAGUUAUUUAGCAGAAUUUGUCCUACCCGUGAAAUACACUGUCCCCAUAGUCUCAUGUUUCACUUGUUUGGAAUGCCAAGGCAUAAAGUACAUGUAGUUCUCUCUGUGUGUUUCACGAACACUUUAAUUAGCUUUUCAAAGCAAAAAUAAUCAUGUAGAUGUAGAAUUCCGUUACUCAGUAGUUGUUCAAUUGUUCAGACGAACUGUUGUCUGUCCCUGGAUGUAGUCUGUUGUGGUGUUUCUGAACUGAUACAACGCCAUUCCUGUUUCUGGUGCUGUUGCACUAAACGUAUGUUUUGGUUAUUCAAGUCAAGCAAUACCGCAAUGGUCCAGUACAAAUCCAGUGCUUCAUUACUCUUCGAUGUUAUACAGAGCAAUAGCCAUCGGUGAGCUGAAUCAGUUUUAGAUUUUGAUCAGAAUUCUUCUCCAUAUGGAAUCGUUACAUUCCAUUUUCAUACAUGCUGAUUUGUCCAUUGCUACAAGUUUAGUUUUUUCCAGUACGUUUCUGCCACACUGAUCUUUUUUUAUCAUGUAAGGUAAUAGUAACCGUAAACUUCGAGUGUCAGAAAUCUCUCCGGAGAUGCAAGUUUAAGGUCAAAGUCCGUAUUUUAUUUUUAUACCUGUUUUCUAUUUAUUCGAAUGUUUUGGUCACAUUUUGUAUGAUUGAUUUGUAACAUUACUUAGCCUCUUACUUAAAGCCUGCCGGCGUUGCUACAACAAAAUCCGUUUGUUCAUCGUUUACUCUUUAGCAGAGGGUCUACUCUGUGUACGUGAAGGCCAGUAUAUCGGACGAAUCCGUGCAUGUCGUUCACCCUAUAGCAGUGAACCUGUGGACCUGGCCCACGGUAGCUGUUGUUUGAAGAAGGCAUCCCCAAAAUGCCUCGAGUGCACAGUGAUCGCGUACCCGGAUCAGUAUUACGCAGUCGUUUCGUUAAAAAAAACAAAUGUGAUCCUGAAAACUGUCGAAGAGCCUCGAUUUUUAGCCUUUAUAAAGAUAUAGUCGUUCGUAACUACAUGUAGUUUGUGCUGAAGUUUGCACUGUAAUUAUUGUAAAUAAACCAGAUUUGUAUGACCGUCUUAAA